AUGGGCGAUCGACUCUCUGAUUCAAGUUUUGAUGGCAAGAAAGAAGAAGCCACAGUUGCCAUGAAGAUGGACGCCAAAACUCUGAAUCAGCUUUCCUCGUCGGGAAAAGCAGCGCAGCAGAAUCGGGGUUUAAAAGCUACUAUGAAUCUCCAAUAUGCGAUAGAGGACUUUGAAAAAAAAGGAGCAGGGCGAGAAGGCCAAGGAGAAAGAGACGGGCUAGAACGGGUGAUGAGUUUGAAAAAAUAUCUGUACCGAGGUUAUUGA